UUAGCUUGAGGGCCUUAGCUCUCAUAAAUGCCGCCUGCAAUCUUCAUCCUAUAAAUGCUUUCUAUUUACAUUGCAAUCUUCCUCACUCCUUGAAAAAAUCCACUUCUUUUUCAUUUCCAGCUUCAAAUUUCAAAGCCAAAAAAAAGUGUUCUUGCUGCAAUGAAAGUUCUUGGAAUUGGGUUCUUAAUAAAAGUGUCCAUAAGAAUUGUCUUUGCUGCUUUCACCUGCAUUUUUGCCUUGGGAGGGGCUAUAGGGGGAACAGUUGUAGGAGCAAUGAAAGGCCAAAGAACUGAAACUGGGUUCUUCAAUAGUGCUGGGAUUGGUGCUGUUGCAGGUGCAUUCACAGCCUUUCAAUUGCUUGAAUCAUUGGCUUAUGGGGAGUCAUUAUCAAAGGUAGCCUUAUUAAUUAGCUUAGUAAAUGGGAAUGUCUUCAUUGAAUGGAUGAACUCUCUGGAUUCAACGUAUAGAGAAAUUGCAGACAUUUAUGAUGUAACUGGAGCAAAGGGUUUGUCAAGAAGCUGCAUUCAAAAGCUUUCAAUGCAUGAAUUUCGAUCUAGUGAACCGAUAAAAUCGAAUGAUCUUGAUCAACCUUCUUGUUCAAUUUGCUUACAGGGUCUAAAAGAUGGAGAAUUGGCAAGAAAUCUUCCAAGAUGUGGGCAUAUAUUUCACUUACAAUGCAUAGAUGAAUGGCUGAGAAGGAAAGGCACUUGUCCAAUAUGCAGGGAACAUCUUUUUAACGAUUCUGAGGAAUUUGUCCAAUGUAUAAUUUGAAAGGAA